CAAAAUUCUCAUUUGUACAUUACAAGUCGAUGUGUAUAAUUGAAUGUCGUACUUCCUUGUUGAUUUCUUUGUUCUCAGUUUUAAUGUGAAAUAUUCUAGAUGGCAUGUAUAUUUAUUACUCUUCUUCCUCUUUAAGAAGGCCCCCGACUGUAAUAGUUUAAAUAUUGUGGGAAAAAAUAUGGAUUUUAUAUAUUUCUUCGCAAUAAUAUUUAUUUUCUGGUCGACUGUAAGUGCUUUAAACUAUCAAUGUAAUGAAGUGGAUGCAAGCACACUACAAUGUAAUUAUAUUCCAAAGGAUAUUCCAAAUGGAUUCACACGUGUUAGAAUCAUAGAUUUUCUGAAGGAAAACAAAACAUUUGAAUUCAAUAGUUCAUACUUUAUGUCUAAAAACUGGGAAGAUGUAACUGAACUUCAGUUACAGGAUCAUGGACACAUUGCAGAAAUCAUUUUCAUGGAGAAGUGUUUCAUCGGAUUGAAAUCACUUCGAGAGUUACAUAUGAAUCUUCCGACACAGAUUCAACUAGAUUCAGAUGUUUUUGUAGGACUUGACAAUCUAAAAUUCUUAGACUUGAGUGAAUGCGUUUAUUUAAAUCUGACAGAACUUGUAAAAAGUUUUACAGGGUCAAAUAAACUUCCAAGCUUGGAAACUUUGAAAGCAUCAAAUUUAAAUAUCUACAAUAGAGGAAUCAGUUUUGACACACAAUUUGCCGAGGCACUUGGUGAUAAACAAAUAACAUCUCUAGAUUUCAGUUAUACAAAAAUCACAGAAAUAAACAUAACCGCUGUUUUACAAUACAUACAGACAUUGAAAAAUGUGAAUAUAUCUCAUAGUACAGCAUCAAACUUUAUAUAUGGUAACAAAAAUGAACUUCAAAAGUUAAAGAAUAUCAAUAUGUUUGAUAUGUGUCAUGUACCAGUAUCUUGGUUAAUUCCAUUCACAAGAUAUGUCAACAUGGCAUGGAACUAUUCCGACUUUCCUAAACCUUGGAAUUAUUUUUUUUAUCCUAAAAUAGUGAACAUGACUUCCCGUAUAACUGGUACGGGAUCAAUUCAUACUGUAAAUUGCACAUACAUAAUUAAUGUACCUUUUCAAUGGAAAAGUGAAGAAUUGAUAAUAAAGAAAAAUAAUAUUAAACAUUUAGAUCUUAAGAUGGAAUGCUCCAGACAUAAAAUUGUUACUAUAAAACACAUUAAUGCAGCUGGAAACCAAAUGGAAUUUCUCCAUCCUAGUAUAUUAGGAUGUACCCCUAAUCUUGAAAAGCUUGACUUGUCAAACAACAAGUUACAUAAAAUGGCAAAAGAAAACCAUUUGUUGUUUCAGCAACUGUUCCAAUCACUUUCUCGUCUAAUUUCUAUUAACUUAUCAUUUAAUCGACUUCAAGUUAUACCGGAAAAUCUUUUUACUGAAAAUCGUGACCUUGAACUGAUAGACUUUUCUCAUAAUGAACUGGAGCAAGUGACAUUCACAUUAAAACAUCUGUACAAACUGAAAGUUCUUAAUCUUCAAUAUAACAGGAUAAAAAUCUUAAGCUCUCUUUCGAUCAAUAACCUUAACAGUAUAUUCAACACACUAGGAAACACAACAUGGACUUUGGAUCUUGGAGAUAACCCUAUAUCAUGUUCAAACUGUGAAGCAAAACAAUUUAUCUACUGGUUAACACAUACAAACUCUGUGAGUAUUUCCACAGCCAAUCUCGCUUGUACUACCUUAAAGAAUACAAGACGGAAAAUAGAUACACGCACAUUAGAUGAUGUCAACAACAUUUGUAAACGGACGAUCAUGAUUAUAUCAACCACUGUAUCUGUGGGAUUUACUUUUAUUAUUGUUCUAAUAGUCAUAAUGGUUAUAUACAAACGUCGUAAACGAGCUAAUAAAAGAAUAAAGAGAGGAGAAUUAGUAAACAGGCUACAAGAAGGUCAAGGUCAGAAUGAAUUUGUUGCAUUUCUUUCAUACAGCAGUGAGGACAAAGAUUUUGUUGAUAACUUUUUGAUUGAUGACUUCAAUGAAACUCUCCAACAUAUGACCGGUAUAGACAGAAACUUGAUAUGCACAGGUGACCUAUAUCUGAGACCAGGUUUCAGGAUUUUGGACGAAAUAUCACUGUGUAUAGAAAGAGCAUCGGCUUUCAUUGUGGUUGUGUCAGAUAGUUACAACUCAAGUCCUUAUUGUCACAAUGAAUUAGAUAUAGCUUAUCGACUUCAAAAACCAAUCGUACUUUUCAUAAAAGGAACGGUUGACGAGUCAUUAAUGACACCAGUGAUGAAAUCUCUCUUCAACAGUAACGUCAGAGUACUUUGGACUUUUAAAAACCAAGAUUACACAAUGAUGACUUCGUGGCAGAAUGUCUGUUCGUCUUUGUUGGAUUUGAUAAUACAAAAUGAAAAUAUUUGAUACAAUGAGAGUGAUCAUAAAGGAAGUUUAUAAUAAUUACAAUAUCAUUUUGACAUAUUGAACGCUAACAUUUUAUUUGAGAGAUGAUAUGUCUAGAGAAGCGUUAUAUCAUAAAGCAAGCCAAUGAGAAAUGUCAUAAAUGUAAGUCCAUGUGUACUUACAAAUAAUGUAACAUUGGCUGGGUCGAUGGAAUAUUUUACAAACAAUUUAAAAGUCAAGUGUUAUAUCUAUUUAAGUAAUAUAUCUACUAACAGUUAAAACAUUUAAGCUCAGUUCAUAUAUUUUCAACAGUGUACAUGUAUCAGUUAACAACCUGUCUGACUUUAUGUUAUCGUGUUUAUAAAUAAUAGACUAUAGUCUAAUCUAACCAAUCUAGCUUUAGAAACGUUAUCGAGUUUGCAAAGAAUGAGACAAUAUGUUAUCUGUUCUGAAUCUGCUCAAGGUUUACAAAAUUCCUUAAAUAGUUUAGAAAAAUAUUGUAACAAAUGGCAUCUUACUGUUAACGUAGAUAAGACUAAGAUUGUUGUUUUUAGUAAGGGCGGAGUUUUAAAUAAAAGUUAUAAGUGGAUAUAUGGGGGUUUAAAUAUAGAAAUUGUAAAAACGUUUAAUUACCUAGGUAUUGUUUUGUCUAGCGGAAGUUCGUUCAUACCAGCGACCAAUACACUAAAAGGCAAAGCAAUACGGGCUAUGAGCUCGUUAUUUAAUGUAACAAGAGAUAAGCAAGUUCCCAUUGAUAUUAUGUUCAACCUGUUUGAUGCAUACGUUCUACCAAUUCUAAAUUAUAGUUGCGAGGUAUAGGGUAGCCUUCCAUCGGAAAAUUUGGAAAUUGUACAUAAGAAGUUCUGUAAAUGGUUGCUUAAAACGUGAAAAUGUCAACAAAUACUCUUUCACUGUUUGCAGAAGUAAACCGAUUUCCAUUAUAUAUUUCACGUCAUGUAAGAAUUGUUAAACAUUUUAUAAAAAAUACCCAAAAUAAAUCAAGCAACUGUAUAUUAAAUCAUAUUGUUAAUUGUCAGAGAUUGGAGAUAGAGUCAAAGUCUAAUACUGUAAAUUGGUUGUCUAAAGUCAAAACACUUUUGCAAAGUGCUGGAUUUAAUGAUGUGUGGAUGUAUCCAGAAUCAGUUAAGCUAAAUAUAUUAAUACCAGUCCUACAUGGUCGUUUAAAAGAUAUUUAUAUCACAUAUUGGCAUUCUAGUGUACAUAUUUGUUCUUCUUUGUAUUUGUAUAAACAUUAAAAAAACCGGUUUUAGCAGGUCUAAAUACCUGAUAUUGUUGACUCUAUGAAAUUAAGAAAUAUAUUAGCUAAACUUAGAUUAUCAUCUCACAAUUUAUAAAUAGAAACAGGUAGACACAAUAAUAUUGAUAAAAAUGACCGGAAAUGUACUAUUUGCAACAAUAAUGACAUCGAAGAUGAACAUCACUUUGUAUUGAUUUGUACUUUGUAUGUUUCUCUUAGGAAACAGUAUAUAUCCAACUAUUUUACAAGAAACCCUAGCAUGUUUAAAUUUUUAGAAUUGCUGAAUUCAGAAAGGAAGUUAGUGUUAACAAAAUUAGCUACAUAUUGUAACAAAGCUUUUAAAUUAAGAUUUGAUUCAUUGAAUGCCGGAUAAUGCUAUAUAAGACCACCUUGUUGUAUUGUUUAAAGUUAUAUAAGGAUUGUAAAUAUUACAUGUGUUGUAUUACACUCUCACUAGCUUAUUUCAUUUAUUGAUAUGCGUUUACCAUUUUUCAUAUUCAUGCAUGUAUAUAUUUGUUGUAAAUGAAGAUGAGCUGUAUAAUGCUUAAUUCAAAAUAAAAUAUAUGUUCUGUUC